AUGGCUUUACUUGGAAAACUUCACACUAGAGAUCGGCUUUACAGGUUUGGAAUCACUCCUCAAGCCGAUUGCUUAAUUUGUGGAGUUGCUGAAGAGAAUCACAGUCACUUAUUCUUUUCCUGCUGCUUCAGUAGGAAAGUCUUGCUAGAAGUUGUUAGCUGGUGUGGUAUUACCUAUACAGGUACUGACUUGGAAAAGUUGUUGAAGUGGCUACUGAAAAAAAAGAUUUCGAAAGGUAGAAGAGCUGUUCUGUUCAGUAUUGUUUCUGCUACAGUUUACUAUGUCUGGAUGGGAAGAAAUAGAGUUCUUUGGGAUCAUGUGCUUCCCAUGGUUUCAGUUGUUGUAAAGAAUAUUAUUCAUGCUGUUUGUUGUAAAGGAGUUUCUUGA